GCCUUGGCUGUGCUCUUCGCUCCAGACAUAGUGCUGCUGCUGAAAAAAAAUGCUGCUCUCUGUGCCGCCGAGGACAGGAUUCAACCCAUACAACGGCUACACUAACAGAACCAGUAAAAAGCCGACGUAUGUGUCUUCCAGCCACCAGAUGGCUCCACCCAGCCCCAACCACACCACCACCAGCAGCAGCAGUAACAGCAGCCUCAGCGCAGAGCAGCUGAGCAAAACUAACCUCUACAUCCGCGGCCUCCACCCGGGAACCACAGACCAGGACCUGGUCAAACUGUGUCAGCCGUAUGGGAAAAUUAUGUCCACUAAAGCCAUCCUGGACAAGACCACCAACAAAUGCAAAGGCUAUGGCUUUGUUGACUUUGACAGUCCGUCCGCGGCACAGAAAGCAGUGACAGCACUGAAAGCUGGUGGAGUCCAGGCUCAGAUGGCUAAGCAACAGGAGCAGGACCCCACUAACCUGUACAUCUCCAACCUGCCUGUGUCCAUGGAUGAGCAGGAGCUGGAGAAUAUACUGAAGCCCUUCAGUCAGGUUAUCUCUACACGCAUCCUCAGAGACGCCAACGGCACCAGCAGAGGAGUGGGCUUUGCCAGGAUGGAGUCAACAGAGAAAUGUGAGACUAUCAUUCAACAUUUCAAUGGCAAAUAUAUCAAGACUCCACCUGGAGUACCCGUGCCCUUGGAACCCCUGUUGUGUAAGUUUGCAGACGGAGGACAGAAGAAGAGACAGAGCCAGGGAAAGUACCUGCAGAAUGGCCGUCCCUGGACAACAGAUGGGGAAACGGGAGGAAUGACACUGACCUAUGACCCCACCACAGCCUUACAGAACGGGUUCUACUCCUCUCCCUACAGUAUGGCCCCUAACAGAAUGAUCGCUCAGACAUCCCUCGUCCCCUACAUGCACUCUCCUGUUAAUACCUACCAGAUCCACAGUCCACAGUCCUGGAUGCAUCAUCACCAGUCGUACCUCAUGCAGCCCUCAGGCCAAGUCCUGACGCCAGGCAUGGACCAUACCAUGUCCAUCCAGCCAACCCCUAUGAUGGGGCCUCUCACACAGCAGCUCAGCCACCUCUCUAUGGGCAGCAGUGGCACGUAUAUGCCUGCAAACACAUCUAUGCAAGGGACCUACAUCCCCCAGUACACCCAAGUGCCUCCGACCACUGUUUCAGUCGAGGAAAGUGCCAUCCAGCAACAGGUUUCCCUGGAGACUCCCACAGAACACACAGGUUACUCCUAUCAGCUUAGAAAGUGAAGAGGAGGGACAGGUGGGUUAUACUAGAGUCUAUUUCCUGGGCCACCUGCGGUCCCGUACAGCUCAGCGCAUAGUGACUCUGGACAGAAGCACCAGACAGUCACACUAAGGACAAAAGGAUAUUUCAAAAUCAGAGGUUAUGGUAAACUCUUGAAUACAGACGAAUGGAUACUGUGAAAACAAACAGAACAUGGGGCAUCUAUUUUGACCACAGAACAUGACUCUACAGUCGAAGAAAGAGAAACCACACACAGGAUUUUUUUUGGUGCACAUAUUAACAAAUUAUUUUCCUAAAUAUUCUGGUGAGUCAGAAUAAAAUCAGGAUCAUAAAAGUUACAACAACAUGUGUUGUCGAUUAGCUGUACUUUUUUUUGUAAAAUAUGCUGAUUUCAUUUUUCAUCUGUUAUUUGUAAGCUUUUCACCUGUAUUUUUUUGGUAUAGAUUCAAAAAGUCACCAAUCAAAGAUUUUUUUUUGUUCAUUUCACAAUGCCAUUGUUGUUUUUGUUCACUUCAGUGUUUUUACUGGUAAAUGUUUGACGAGAGAAGGCUGAACCAACUGCUUAAGUUACUUAGAUCAUGGACGGUGUCAUAUCUGGUACUAUCAACUCAGAUACCGUUUUUAGCACUUGGGUCCCUAGUUGAAAUUCUCACAAUAAUUCUCAGAAUCUAAAUAGAUAUUUAGAAAUAAAGUUUAAGACAAUCAAACAUUGAAUUGAUUAUUUCCUGAUUCUGGCCAAUUAUAAUAAAAUCAUGCAGGGAAUAAAAAAUAUAUAUGCAUGAUUAAAUUUGACAUGAAAUACAUUUAGUUGCAGGUUAUACUUGGGGAAUUUAAUCUUAUAUUUCUCCAAUGCCAACCAACAACAUAAAUAAGUCUUUACAUUUGGUUUUAGUGGGUUAAGCUGCUACCCUUUUAAACAGACCCAAAGUUGUUGUCAGGAGUUCACAUUAUUGAGUGUUGCGCUCGUAAUUUAAACAAGUCAAUUCGAGAUCCAACGCUACUUUCUCUCUGUCUGUUUAUAGAUGCCUCUGUUUUUGUUUAUUCGGUUUUGUUUUGAUUCCGAGUGACUGUUUUUUUUAUUUAAAGAAAGUUUGUGAGAUCUUUUUUAUUCGAUUUAAUACUUUUCAGAUUGAUACAUUUUAUUUUUUGGUAGUGUGCAGUGAGUGGUUACAUGUUUCUAUGGACAAGUAGAUUUGUUUUUGAAGGAUUUGUCUUUUUCUUUCGGAAUAAUGUCUGUCAUUAGUCAUUUGUGGUUUUUCUUGUUCUCAAUCUCUGUUUUAAUUUUCAAUCACAUGGAAAAUGCUCUAAAUGUUUGAGAGAUUUCAAAUCAGUCUGUCAUCAGUGUUGGCACGUUCACCGUUUUAAAGAGGUGUGCUCAACUACUCAUCACUCCAAGAUAAUUAUGGGCUCGAUUCAAUCCAAAUUGAAAUUUAAAGGCAAUGUGCCCGCAUUCACGGUAAACGCUGCAUAUGUUGGCUCAAUUGGAAAUUACCAUUAAAUGUCUAUUGCGCAAUCCGUAACAAUUUCAGCUUCGCUAACUGAAUCGAGCUCUAAGUGUAAUGCAUCUUAGAAAUGAUUUCAGAAAUGUGUCCUACGUGGUAGAGUAGUCACUAAAUCAGUGGUUAGGGAAUGCAGUGUGAAGAGUAACAAUACCUCCUACCCAACAAGAGCAAUGUAAAGUCAGCUGAGUGUUCGUGUGCAAGAUUCGGAGACGUUUUCUAAACUCUUAACUUCUAUGUUUCUCCAGGCUGCCCCGCACAGUCACAGCGGGUACUGUCUCCAGAGCUUCACUCUUCCGUCAAACGUUCACAAACCAGGUCUAAAUCCCAGGUCAAACAUCCAAUCAGACUGUUUUGUUUCUUAAAAAGGCCAGUGAUCUAUGCAAUAAAAAAAAACACACAUCCACAAUAAUGCAAUACUUACGCUAUAGAUGAAUUUCAGAUAACAAUGGGCUGUUUGUUUGUCAAUAGUGACUUUUGAAACUUAGCAUUCUGCUAUUGGUGGCUUUCAUUUGAGUUCAUCCAAAACGUUUAGUUGUAAGAUUACACGCCUCGCUGUUCAUCGAAAUGACAGUGAGAUCGCUGCAUAGAAGGGAAUUCCUGUAUAUGCUCUACAGGCUAUCUACUAACCCUAACCUUAAAUCGGUGAUAGUAUGACCAUCUGUAGAAAGAGAGUCGACAGGUGGACUAUCCAAAUAAAGUGUUACCAUGUACAGCAUGGUUCAUGAGGUUGGAGAAAAAUCUCUCAGCUAUCUUGCUAAAGGCCUCACACCAUCUCCUAAAAACGGGAUACUGACUACCUUUGUCCACCCAGAUACAAUCAUUAUUGUUGGCCAACCGAAAUAUUGGUUGUUGAUUUUUUUUGUUUGUUACCAAAGACAUCCAAUAGACAUUAAGACAUUUCUAAGUGAUCAAUGCUUGGUUUAGAAUACAUCUGUAGUUCUUUUUCCUUGAUUUGUGACUGUACAUGAAAAGGUUUGUUGACACUAGUAAUAAGCUUUAUGAAUUGUCUCAUGAAUUAAUUUGUGGUAGGAAGAAUAUUAUCAGAAAUGCCUUGUAGAUUUCAUCAAGAGAGGAUUUAAAAAGGGUGCUACACACUAAAUUGCUAUCUGGAAACAUUUAUGCAGUCUGCAAAGUGUUUGAUAAAACAGGAAUUAUUUCCUUGUAAUAUUUACACCCACGUAGAAUCAGUCUUAGGAAACCCCAAUUUAACAUUUGUUACACUCAUUUAAUUUUGAGGCCAUAAUCAUUCCAGAUUUGAGUUUAAAUCAAAAAUAUUCAGCAUUAGUUUGAGAUGUCGGAAUGCCCUUUGCCCUUGUUCAGACAAUCAUUUACAUGAAGUCCACUUGAAACAUCUUGCUGCUAAUUUAGGAUUUUAAAGGUUGCGUAGGAGUGGGCUCUACUGCUUUGUCUUUCAUUGUACAAUGCCAACUAGAGGGAGGAAAUAUUAGUUGAAGCUCCGUCCAGCAAUAAGUCACCAACGUCAUGUCAGGUUAAAAAGGAACACAUUUCAUAGUCAUUGGCUCACAGCCUUAACAUCUACUAUCCCCUGGCAUUAUCAAGUUCAUUAUAAAGCAACCAUGUACAACCUUU